GCGCAUAAUUCAGUAAUUUCUGUUUGUUCUCCUAAUUGAUUGCAAUUAAACUCGGCCCAAUCCUUUUCCUAAAAAAAAGGAUUGAGCCGAAUAAAGAAUGACCGUCCUAUACUAUGUGUUUGCAUAGAUCUUUCAUAUGUGCAGAUCUUAUAUAUACAAGAUCUAAAUUAAAUACAACAUCAAAUCGAAGACUAAAGAAGUCAAUACUUAUGUUGUUUAUUGUUGGAUUCAUAGGAUUAAUUAUGGAUCCUUGGGAUUGGUGGAUCAUUUUCUAUCCUGCAGUUUCAGGCCAUAGAUAAAGCCAAGGGGGGGCUACUUCUACCCACCCUGUAUAUUGUCUUUUUCAUUUCAUGUUACAAUAGAAACUUAUUAUUUUAUUUGAUUAUAUGAUACGAGAUUAUACGAGAAUGAAUUCUUCAUUUAUAGUAUAGGAAGAAAUAACUAUUUAUCUUUUCGAUAAGAAUUCUUUUGUACAUGACAUGAGAGAAAUCUGUCUUUCUAUUUCUAAUUGAGGAAAAGAUUCUAUCAUAAUAUAUCAUAAUAUAUAUAUUGAAGUGAUACCCGGAUUCCCCAAAAAGAAAAUCAUUUCUUUCAAUACUCACUCAUUGUUAGUUAACAAUUCCAAUGGUUGGAUCGUAUGCUUAAUUCUGAUAGGAAAUAAAAUAGUAAAAUGAUUAUUCAUCGAAUGACUAUUCAUCUAUUAUAUUUUCAUCAAAUAGUGAGCAUGAGGACUCUAUGAAAAAAUGGUGGUUCAAUUCGAUGUUGUCUAAGGAGAAGUUAGAACAUAAGUGUGGGCUAAGUAAAUCAAUGGAUAGUCUUAAUGCUGUUGGACAUACCAGUGGAAGCGAAGAGCCUAUUCUAAAUGAUACGGCGAAUAACAUUCCUAGUUGGAGUGAUAGCGGUAGUUAUAGUUUCAGUAAUAUUGAUUAUUUAUUUGAUAUCAGGGAUAGUUGGAGUUUUAUCUCUGAUAACACUUUUUUAGUUAGGGACGGUAAUGAUGACAGUUAUUCUGUAUAUUUUGAUAUUGAAAAUAAUAGUUUUGAUAUUGAAAAUAAUAGUUUUUUUCUGAGUGAACUAGAAAGUUUUUUUCCCAAUUAUUUGAAUAGUAGGUCUAAGAGUAACAAUCACUACUAUUAUCAUUACAUGUAUGAUACUCAAUCUAGUUGGAAUAAUAACAUUAAUAGUUGCAUUGCUAGUUAUCUGCGUUUUGAAGUCAGUAUUCAUAGUUACAUUUUCGGUGGUACCGACAAUUACAGUGACAGUUACAUUUCUAGUUUCAUUUCUACUGAAGGCGUAAGCGGUAGUGAAAAUAGGAAUUCUAGUAUCCGAACUGGUGUUAAACGUUCUCCCGUGCUUCCAGACAUGCUGAGCUCCAAAAAUUCUUGUACAUUAAAAAAAAAGAGAAUCGAUUCCGCAAAAGAUGGGAUCAGUAAAUAG